GUUCAUGAGUUGAUGUCCUCCUCAGAAAACCAUUUCAGAUAAGCAUUGUUUAAACAAUUCAAAGUUAUUAAUAGUACAUUUAUAAAUGCACCUGCUGUCAUCAACUAACCUCAUGCUGCUUCACCUGCUUCUAUUUACUUCACGUUGUCCAACCAUUUAUAUAUACCCCCUCAUUUUGUUGAACCCACACACCUUCUAAUCUUCAGUCUUUCUUCUUGUUGGAGUGUUUCUAUACCAGACACAGAUGGAGAGAGAAAGAAGCAAGCAGGUUUCUUUGUUCAUGUCGGUUUUGGUGGCUGGCUUGCUCUCCCAGAACUUGGUCGCUCCAGUAAUGUCCUCUACCUUUGAAGAGCAGAAGAACUACUAUCCAGCUCCAGACCCACACGCAGGAACUCCCCCCUCAGGUUCACCCGGAACUCCAUCACACGGUUCAGAAGGUAGCUAUGGUAGCUCACCUCCCUCUCAUGGAACCCCAUCACAUGGAGGUGGCUACCACCCAACUCCAACACCAUCAACGCCUUCAGGUGGAAAUUGUGGAACUCCGCCACAUGAACCAUCAACUCCAUCAGGACCUUCACACCCUCCUUCACAUGGUGGUUAUUACCACUCCCCUCCAACUUAUGGAGGUGCCAGCCCUCCAUCAUACGGAGGUGGUAGCCCUCCAUCAUAUGGAGGUGGCAGCCCUCCAACACCAGUCACCGCAAGCCCACCAACCACUCCCAUUAUUGAUCCAGGAACUCCAAGUAUUCCCACACCUCCAUUCUUUCCUGCUCCAAAUCCACCUUUUGAUGGUACAUGCGAUUUCUGGAGGAGUCACCCAUCAUUGAUAUGGGGUUUGCUUGGUUGGUGGGGCACUGUAGGCAAUGCAUCCGGUGUGAGCGGCAUUCCUGGGUUCGGAGCAACAAUGAGCUUGCCCCAAGCACUUUCAAACACACGUACCGAUGGACUUGGAGCACUUUACCGAGAAGGGACAGCUUCCUUGCUGAACUCUAUGGUGAAUAACAGGUUCCCAUUCUCAACUAAGCAAGUCAGGGACAGUUUUGUAGCAGCACUUGGUUCAAACAGUGCUGCAGCAGCUCAGGCUCGUCUCUUCAAGCUUGCCAAUGAAGACCAUCUCAAGCCCAGGGCCUAAACAACGCCUUUGGUUCAGCAGUUUCUUGAAGCAUGUUAUCCACUAGCGUGUGCUCUUUAGAUUUUUUGUUUGUAGUAUUUUCUGAUAUUUGUGAUGCUACAGCUUUCAUUUGAAUAGAUACGUUGUCAAGAAUUCAAUGUUAAGCUUAUGUUUUCUUAUUGUUAAAUAAGAUGUAAGAUAUUUGUUUCAAUUUCCUCCUACCACGCAUCAGCAUCUAUUUGUCCUAGUGUUUCUUCUAUUUGCUAAAGAAACAGAAAGGAAAGAAGAUUCUGGUUUCAGUUCCACACUUUCCACACCGAUAGUCGACUGGAGAAAUAAGCCAUAGUUUCAAAUUAUCAAAAAUAAUCUCUAUUCAUAAAAUCAAACAACACUUCUAGCAUUCCCUUUUAAAUUUCAUCAA